CAGCUGUGUUUGUUUAUCUUUCUUCUUCUUAUUGUUUGCAUUUAGUUGAAAUAAAUUGGCCGCAAAUUCGUUAAACGAAUAAGUAAAUGGAUAAAGAGCACGAACGGUGAAGUUGAGUUUUUACCAAAACGCAAGCGCUACAAGCCCCAAAAGCGUUGGGAAGUUGCCGAGGAAAAAGCGUUGAUUGAAUUCCUUCUAGAGAAUCGCGAUUUUGAGUUAUUUACAGAAACCAUCGGCACGGCUAUUUUAUAAUCGCUUCGCGAAUGAAAAACAAAUCCUGGUCGAGUGGAAAUCAGCGCGCUCAAAAGUAAGAAAUAUGCGAUCUGCAUAUAAUAAAGCGAAGGAAUGGGAAGGAAGUACCGGCGCUGGUUACGUGGAUGGCGAUACUAUAAAAAACGUUUUGCUCAAAAAGUUUCGCUAUUUCUACGAAUUUGACGAUAUUUUCGGUGCCCGACUAAAUGCUUGUGCUGUAGUUGAAGAAAUAAUGGAAAGUGCUGACACUACCAUUGAAGUAUUAAGUCCUGUGCAAAUUGAAAUUCCUAUUGUAAAUGAAACAGUUACCACUCCAAGGCAAAGAGGAAUAUACUCCAGAACAGCGGCUUCCGAUAUUAUGCAAAUCCAUGGCGAAAUAAUGACAUUGCGAAAGCAAAAGUUAGAGGCAGAAUUGACUGCAAGGGAAAGAGAGUUCGAGCAAAAAGAAAAAGAGUUGCAGUUAAAAGCUAAAGAAGUGGAGCUCAAAGAAAUUGAAAUAUUAGCGCUAAAAAACAUCAAACAACUAGAGCUACAGAUGAAAGAGCGAAUCGCCAUGGAGGAACUAAAGCUGAAGUACAAAUAAAUUUUUAAAACUUAUUUAGUAUACGAAAAGACCAAUUUUUCUAUUUUUUACUUUUGUUUUCAAUGAGAUGGACUCACACAUUGUUUUAUACGAUGGUUUAAUUUAAAUUUUUGUUAAUGGUAUAAUUUUAUAUGUACAUUUGUACGUAUGUAUGUACGUACAAUAAAUGCCAAAUAUACACGUAUACUUGAAUAUGUAGAAGUGAAUAAAUGUAGCUAUAUUGUAUAUAUAAUAUG